GUGCGCGGUGCGGCGAGGCGCUGCGCUGGGAGCUAUGGAGCGCGUGUGGCGCUGGCUGGGCCGCCCCGCCGAGCUCUGCAACCUGCUGCGCUUCCGCCUGGCCGCCGCCAGCACCCCCACGGGCAAGGACCCGCUCCGCGCCAGCCUGCGCGCCUGCUACCAGCACCUCAACCAGACCAGCCGGAGCUUCGCUGCCGUCAUCCAGGCGCUGGACGGGGAGCUGCGUCAUGCCGUUUGCAUAUUCUAUUUGGUUCUCCGAGCCCUGGACACCAUAGAAGAUGACAUGACCAUCAGUUUAGAAACUAAAGUCCCAAUGCUGCACGAGUUCCACUCCUACCUGUAUCAGCCAGAGUGGAGGUACACCGAAAGCAAGGAGAAGGACAAGCAAGUACUGGAGGACUUCCCCACAAUCUCCUUGGAGUUCAGGAACCUGGCUGAGGUGUAUCAGGAUGUGAUCACUGAUAUUUGUCGUAAGAUGGGAGUGGGAAUGGCAGAGUACUUGGAAAAGAAGGUCAACUCCGUGCAGGAUUUGGACAAGUAUUGCCACUAUGUUGCUGGACUGGUAGGGAUUGGUCUUUCCCGUCUCUUCUCUGCUUCGGAGCUUGAAGACCCUAUCGUAGGACAGGACACAGAGCUUGCAAAUUCCAUGGGACUUUUCCUGCAGAAAACCAACAUCAUUCGUGAUUAUUUGCAGGACCAGCUGGAGGGACGGGAAUUCUGGCCCAGAGAGGUUUGGAGCAGAUAUGCCAAGAAGCUCUCGGAUUUUGCCAAACCAGAGAAUGCUGAUGUGGCUGUCCAGUGUCUGAACGAGCUGAUUACAAAUGCUCUCCACCAUGUCCCUGAUGUUCUCAAGUACUUGUCCAGACUUAAAAACCAAAGUGUCUUCAACUUCUGUGCUAUUCCACAGGCGAUGGCCAUUGCCACGCUGGCUGCUUGUUACAACAACAAACAAGUGUUUAGGGGUGUCGUGAAGAUUCGAAAGGGACAAGCUGUUACCGUGAUGAUGGAUGCCACGAAUGUGCAGGCCGUCAAAGCUAUAAUAUACCAGUAUGUGGAAGAGAUCUACCAGAAAAUCCCAAGCACAGACCCUUCUUCUAACAAGACCCAGCAGAUCAUUGCCACUGUCCGGACAAUGAGUUUGCCCAGCAGCACCAUUGUGUCCCGUAACCAUUUUUCCCCCAUCUACCUAUCCUGCGCCAUGCUUUUGGCAGCGCUGAGCUGGCAGUACCUUAGUGCGAUGUCAAAGGCGUCAGAGGAGUACAUUCAGGCCGGCGAGAACUGAGGGCUGGGGGAGAUUGCUGGUCGGCAAUUGGGCAGUGUUGGGGACUGUGUCCUGUGUGUCUCUCCUGGUGGGCUGUUAUGCUGCAGGCUUUCCAGUUAGCAUGUGCCCUUGGAGACUGAUGCCAGGAAUGAAUCAGGAUGUCUGGAGGUGCCAUUCAGCCCCAAAAUAUUGUGAAGUAAGCUGGCUUGCUAGACCGUGGUUACCCUUCCCAUGCCAGCAACCUGGUGUCAUUGAAGUGAACAAGUUAGAAGUUUUGUGUUUGACCUUUUCUUCAUUGGAGACCUGUUUUUCCCUGCCUUCUGGCUGGGAUAUUUUUUUACAUAAAGUUGCUGCUUGGAAUUUGGACUCACCGUUCCUGUAAAAACUGAGACAUGGGACUUGUUCUACCAACUCUUCUUUUGCCCUGCGUGCAUGUGUGUGUUCUUAUCUCCUGUUGCACAGCAGUUUCAGAAUGUUAAUGUUGCCAUCCAGCAACAGAAACCUAGCACGUCCUAUGACAGAUGAAAUCUUAAGGACACAAAGAAACUCUGGCUGACUUCUGACUGUUGGCCUAAGAGUGGUGAUAGUUUUAAAACACUGAGAUGCCUGGGGAAGAUCUGUACAACCCACCCUUGUACUAGAAGACUAGGCAGAGGUGUUGGCCUUGUAACUUGUCAGGAAUAGCUUGGGCUCAGUUUUUAUGGUGUGAUAAUUUUUAAAAUGCUCCUACAUGCUUG